CAAUUUUGUCCCUCUUCAUUUGCCAUCUACUGGAGGUCGGAGGCAGACUACGGUCGGAGCUAGCUAAGAGGAAAUGUACAGAUGCUUUACCGUCAAAAUAGAUCUAAGGGCACAGGAAGGGUAUUGCACGUCUCGUAUCUUCAAGCCCUUGCAUAUAUAAAAGCACAAACUUUGGUAGUCAGCUGGGCUGGCUCGUUUUGUAGGCCGCCUUUGAGUCACCAGUAGCUGGCUAAGGAGUUAGCAACUUAGCUUUCAUUGAAACCAGCAGCUAGUACGGAGCUGUUGUCCGAUGGAGUCGUGGGUGCGAUUCAGCGCGCAAAGUCAAGCCAAAGAGCGAGUUUUCAGGGCCGCACAAUACGCGUGCGUGCUGCUCGGACACGCGCUGCGGAAGGGGGGCGCGCGCGCCGAGCUGCUGACUACAGUCCAGCAGCUGGAAGCUCACGUGAGCCUCGCCAGGAAGCUGAUGCGGUUGGGGAAUUCUGCAGAGUCACUGGAAGCAGCUAAGCGGGCUGUGCACCUGUCCGACUGCGUGCUGAGACUCUGCAUCACUGUGGCCCAUUUAAACCGAGCUUUGUACUUCGCCUGUGACAACGUGCUGUGGGUGGGGAAAACUGGCCUCCUGCCUCAUAUUGACCAGAACAAAUGGAGCCAGCGAUCUUUCAGAUAUUACCUUUUCGCACUCAUCCUUAACCUCACCCGGGAUGCGUAUGAGAUCCGGCUGCUGAUGGAGAGAGAGUCUCGUAACUCUCUAGCAAAAGGCUCCCUGUCCAGCCCAUCAGCCCUCUCUCCAGGCCUGGACAACAGCUACUCUUCCUCUGACUCCCCAUCCUCCCCGCCGGACCUGGUUCCAUUCCCUGCGCUCCCCUUGCGGAUGGUCCGGCUGCGGCGACAGCUACACCUGCUGGUGACCGUGCUCCGCUACAACCCGCCUCUGCUUCUGGACCUGCUGAAGAACCUUUGUGAUGUGUUCAUCCCCCUGGACAGGCUGGGGCUGUGCUCCACGGGGCCAGGCUUCGUAGGGGCCUGUGGCCUCAGUUCCUCUAUCCUCUCCAUCCUCACCAUCCUCUACCCUUGGCUCAAGCUCAAACCAUGAGCCAUCUGCUGUAGCCCCCUGCUGGCCAGCGGCUAUGAAACAAGCUGCUGUUGGCCACUCAGAGGUCAUGGCAACAAGGAGCAUGAUAGAACACCCAGACCGGUCUGCCAAUGAGAACUGAGGUAGUGAAUGGAAUUGGCUGGGGGGUGGCAGGGCAGAAGGGGUGUGUGUGUGUGUGUGUGUGUGUGUGUGUGUGUGUGUGUGUGUGUGUGAUGUAUCCCAGAUGCCUUUUGCAUCAUCCUCAGUAGCUGCGCCAUGUCACACAGUGUUUAGCUGAGGGUGUCCUUCUCGUUCCUUAUCAAUAUAGUCCAAACUCUAUGCUACAUUCAGCCAGAAAAAAACACAACCUUGUAGAAAAAAGUCCCCUAAAUCCUAGUCAGACUAAUUGUUUGGAUUAAAAUGUCAUGAAUCUCAUCUGAGUUUAGCAGUGUCAUAGCUGAAACCCUCCCACAGCAGUGCUUCUGUAAACCAGGAGGAAUACAGUAUGACAAACCUAACAGUACUAAAGACAUUUCGAAUGCUUUUCAGAUAAAAUGGAAGAGAAACCAUGAUAUUUGAAUGUGAAUGAACUUUACUGUCAGGUGACAAAACAGACUGCAGGAGUGCAGGUAUACUGUGCUGAUGCAGGAAACAGUUAUUUAUUCGUCAUCAAAUUAAACCAUGAUUUGCUUUGGAAUUUUAAUGACUUUAUGUAAUUUUUAAAAUAAAAUAAUUCAUCUAAAAAUUUAAAUUGAUGAAUGAUUGGCUGCAUUUGUUUAGUCCACCUUGUCGCUUUGUUCAGGUGUGUUUAAUCGCUAUAAAGGCUAUUCUAGACAUUACGGUUUAAUCUUGUAUUUUUGGGAAGUGGUAGGGUAAAAUAUGCUUUAGUGACAGGUCAUCAUGUGUGAGCUAAUCUAGUCCAUCUAAUCUACUGCAGGAAUUUUUGGAUUACGAGUUAAUUUCACAUUGUUUUAUGAAUUAACACACUUAUCAGAAGUCACAUACAGAAUCUUAAAGGAGCAAUAAGUCAUUACCACCAAAGAGUAGCAAAUAUUUAUGAAAGUGAUUACAGACUCUCCUCAGAUUACAGUGGGGUUACAUUCAGGUAAACCAACUGUAAGGCAAUUGUAUCGCAAAACGAAGAGUUUUAUAAUACGCUAGACUUGUAUAUCAUGGCCUACCUUAAACUUGGAUAAAACACACUAUUACUUGAGCAAAAGCAUUAACAUAAAGCCUGUUUUAUAAUAGUGUUGAAUAUCAAUAGCAUAUGUGACGGUAUCGUAUGGCAUCUCACUUCCGCAGGGAAAUAUUGAUACGUUCAGCAGAAACCGAAUUUUAAAGUUGAAAUAUCGUAAAAUAAUCCAUCAUAAUCUGAGGAGCAUCUGUAUUUUUAUUUUAUUUUUUUUGGUUUCUGUGAAAUAUAGCUCAUAUUAGAUGAAGAAUCAAACUGCUGUAUAGUCCUCAAAUAAGAUAAUGGAGCAGAUCCCCCACAUAGUGGCAGCCAUAUUUAAAAUAGAUUUAGUGUGGAAUUUGAGACACAUCCAGGUCACUAGGUGUUAGUAUAAUGUUGUUUCAUAAGGUGAAUAAUUAUUGGGGAAAAAAUGACACAUUGCUCCUUUAACAACGAACGGCAAGACACUUUAAAUUGUUUUAUACUGAACUUAUUACGAGGCUGUGCUGAAACGACUGACUUUCAUUUCAGUGUGCAUUUAAAGACACCUGCUUUUGUCAGACAGUUUAUCUUUACCAUUUUAGCCAUUCAGCAUGAGCUCAGCUCAGAGCUGAAAGACUACUGUCUGAAUUUGCAGAAAGAAGAGAUCCUUCAUGCAGAGAGUAACUAAUCUUUCCUGAAUGUUUAUGCUAAUCAUUGCCACGAUUGCUGUAAUUGUAAAAUAACCCUAACCCUGAUUUUUAAAAUAAAGGGGAACUUGAUAUGUAGAAACCUGC